AAUUGCGCUCGACUUGCACAAAAAAAUCGCUUGUGCAUGGAUCGCAGUGCAAUGGGUGCACGAAAAGAACGGCAAAUUUCACUUUCCAACCGAAUCGUAAAUUGACAUUAGUACCAUCACCCUGAAUUCUAAUCUGUUCUAGAUCCAUUUGUGAAACUCGAUUUGAAAAUCAACAUGGCAAAACCAACACGGUUGCUUUGCAGAAAAACUGUUGCAUCAGUCAUCAACAUUCUUGCCCUUGUCUCAACCGUGGAGUCAUUAAACUCUUUACGGGGUGACGGGCAACAACUGGGCAAACACCGCGACCCAAUCGGCCACAUCGAAGUCCUAGAAACACUGCCCCCGCCCAGGGAAUUCUGGGAUCUUUAUGCCAGUCAACGCCGUCCGGUCCUGUUCAGAGGUGCGGCCCGGCAGUCUCCAGGUAUGCACCUCUGGUCGGACGACUAUCUCUUAAAAAAUUACGGCGACCUGAAAGUGAAGAUUGAGUCGAAAGCUGAGAAGGAUGACUCCCCGACAGGAGUCAAGGGACUCGGACAGGACACCAUCGAAAAUUUCCUGGCGAGUUACAUAAAGAGAAAUUCUUACAUCGUCUCGCAGUUGCCGGAUGCGAUGUCGAGGGAGGUGUCCGUUCUGCCAUUUCUGACAUGCGGGACGUUCCGGGACAGGAUCUUAGAAGCCAAUCUGUGGAUGAGCAGUGGUGGCACCAAGAGCUUACUCCACCGCGAUGCAGACAAUGCCAUCAAUUGUCUCUACGCUGGACGGAAGGACUGGAUCUUCAUCCAUCCAUCGUUUGAAGAUCGCAUCCCUAUCGCCAAGGAAGACGUAGAAGCUUAUGGCGGCUUCGCCCUCCUGGAUCCAGACAACGUUGAUCUGGAGAGAUACCCAGCGUUUGCCGAUGUCGACUGGUCCUAUGCCAACAUCAUGGCUGGAGAUUGUCUCUUCUUGCCCUAUGGUUACUGGCACCAAGUGCGCUCCUACGACAGAAACCAAGCGGUCUCCGUCCUGUUCUCCCGCCUGACUGAGGUCGACUUGAGUGGUUGCCAUGACGAUGACCUGCACUAUACCCCCCUGAGUGAGGUCAACAUGGUGUACACCUACGAUGGAUAUGGUGAUCAGACAAUGGGAGAUACUGAUCCAUUUGAACUCAAUGACACUUUGAAGGAGUGGUGUAGUUCCCUGGGAGUGUUAAACCAGCCGUUAAUGCUGACGGGACUUUUGGAGGAGUAUGGUUUAGAUGAACCAGAUGAUGAAUCUCCCAACCACAUCUUGAACAGCAAUCAUGGACAGUUUCAAGAAGACAAAGAGGACAUUAAACAAAUGCUUAUGGAAGCUACAGAGAAGAUGAUGAGAAUUUUGGACACCAACGGUGAUGGUAAGGUAUCCUGCGCUGGAGAGCUGAGCGGUCUAUCCUUGGGCACCCUGAAAACGUUGGCCAACAUCCUAGAUGGCGACAGCGCCAACACAGAGGACUAUGAGUAUGCAAGCUUCUCCCCUCAAGCUAUUAGGGAUUUCCUGAUGCAGUGCAUGGAAAGGGCCGACACCAACUCUAAUGGGGAGUUGCGCAGGGAAGAUUUCUUGGAGUUCUACCAAGCGUUUGGCGGCUCACUCAAAGGAGGGAAAGAGCUGCUUUCUAUCUUGGACAAGGAGGACAAUGGUUUCAUCUCCAGAUCAGAGCUACACAACAACAUGGAGAGAGUACUAGUGAUGUACAAUAAGAAAGCCAAGCCUGACUCAUCAAAUUUGUUAUGGGAGACAGAAAGGAAAAGAUUACACAGUGAGAGAAGGAAGACUCACGUCCACGAUGACCUGUAGUUUGAACUCCGAGCGUUUGCCGUGAAUGUUAUAAUGCGACACAAAAUUUGCUUGAAGUUCGCAUUAGCUUGAAGUAUAUGAGCCUUUAUAUCUUGGUUCUUGGCAGGUUCUUCUCCUAAAUAGUCUGCGUGGGAGUUUUAACGGGAGACCAGAAACACCGGGGCAAACCCCUUCUCUUAGCGAUAAGUGUUACUUGGUUACUUCUCCUAAUUACUCCGCGUGGGAGUUUUAACGGGAGGCCAGAAACACCAGGGCAAACCCCUUCUCUUAGUGAUAAGUGUUACUGGGUUACUUCUCCUAAUUACUCCGUGUGGGAGUUUUAACGGGAGGCCAGAGAACACUGGGGCAAACCCUUUCUCUUAGGGAUAAGUGUUAAUGGGUUCUUUUACGUGCAUUGCAUUACACAACGCACUGGACCUAUGGCUUUACGUCCCAUCCGAAGGUCAGGGAUAGUUGGGGGGGGGGGGUAUGCAGCCAGUGCCUUGCAACCCAAAGAGUAGAUUUUCAAUGAAAUGAAAAUGUUUAUCCUGAGAUGAUCUCUGAAUUAUGUCGCAACAGGGCCUCUUCUCAGGGUAACCUAUGAGAAACGAAUAACAUGCCCUAAUUAAGGAAAGUUGCAGAGAUUUUCCAUUUUAACUGAAACGACAUUCAUUAGCUUCAACUCUGUGUUAUAGGAAAGUACAUGUAGUGUGUGAAAAAAAAAACUUUUUUAUUGUACCUUACAACACACAAUAGCGUUCAUCUAUUUUCAUGCCUAUUUUCAUGCCAAUUUUAAGGUUUAAAAAAGUAAAAAUAAAAGUACAUUUAGUCUCAAUGCACUUAUUGCUUCAAUUCACGUAAAUGUUAAGAAAAAAGCUUGUAUUCUUUUUUUUUUAUAAUCUUUUUUAUAACCUUUUGUAUAGAGUUUGUUAAGAAUACCAAGUUUAUCACAUGUAUACCAAUGAAAUAUAUCAAAGAAAUGAGAUGAUUUUUGUACUAUUUUGUGACUGGAGUUUAUUUUUUAUACUUUUGAUACUGUGUAAAGAAAAGGUAAUAAAUGACACCUUUUUCGAAAAAAAAAAGGUUUCGAAUGUGCUUUUCACAUUAUGGUUCUGUCAAUCCUUUUCAACCACUUGACAACAGGAUUAUUUCGGCCAGAAAAUAAAAUUUUUGAGACGACAAAAUGUAUCGGCCAAAUUUUAAAACUAAGACUUAGUCAAAUACUGACUCUUGAGAGUCAUUAGUACAAUAUUUGUAAAAUACUUCUCAUCAUAGCUUCAGAUUUUGCAACACUCCAAGGUCUUGCCACAGAGCGAUAUUUGCUAUGACAGACUGUUUACAGUGGCUAAGUUUAACACAUGGUUUGUACAGAAACAAUGGGAACAGCUGAUGUGUUUACAUGUCCACUGCAAGAAUAUUCAAAAAUGCAAUUUUUAAAACGGCAAAUCUAUCGAACACUAUUGGAUCUUGCCCAAUUGUCACCAGUGGUGAAAGUCAAUCCACCUGCGAAGUACACAUGUACUGCAAAAUUUCAAACUUUUCUUUAAAUUGUAUUCUUAUUUUUCUGGCAUAUUUCCUACAAAUGUGAAGUGUUCUUGCAAAAUGAGACAGAACUUGGCAGAGGUCGAAAUGAGGGUCUGCAGGCAUUAGGAAAGAGACAAAAAAUUUCUUAUGACACCAUC